GCGGAAGAGGGAUGCGAAGGAGAUGGCUGAACUUAGAUAGCCCUGGGUUUGGGAAUAUCUUCACCAUGGACCUUCAACGGAGGAAAGAGGGAAGUACAGGACGACUGCUUGUCGUUGCGAUAGUGUUUGGGUGGUGUUUAGGGUCUGUGAGCUGUUUCGGACAGAGCCUAGACAGCGAGUUCACGUUUCUCCUGCCAGCCGGAAGAUCCGAGUGUUUCUUUCAAACAGCAGUGAAGAAUGCUACUAUGGAGGUGGAAUAUCAGGUGAUAGCGGGUGCCGGCAUGGAUGUAGACUUCACCAUCCUCUCUCCAGAAGGCGUCCGGCUCAUCACCGAGUCUCGGCGCUCUGACGGCGUCCAUGUGGUGGAGCCUACACAGGAGGGAGACUAUGAAAUCUGCUUUGAUAACAGCUUCAGUCGCUUCUCAGAGAAGAUGGUGUUCUUCGAGAUCAUCAUCGAGGGUCAAGGAGGAGAUGUGGGUGGAGAUGAAGAGUGGGCGGGAUUAGAGGAGCCUGAUGCAAGCCUUCUGGAGUAUAAACUGGAGGACAUUCGGGAGUCCAUGGAGUCUCUGCACAGACGCUUGGAGCGCAGCCGGCAGAUGCAGACGGUGCUGCGGGCUUUUGAGGCGCGAGACCGAAACCUCCUGGAAGACAACCUGUGGAGGGUCUCAUUCUGGUCCUGUGCCAGCGUGCUGGUGAUGCUGUGUGUGGCCCUUACGCAGGUCUACACUGUCCGUAAACUGUUCGACGAUAAGCGGAGGGUCUGCACAUAGAGGCAUUGUUUUGUGGUCAUAAGGGGCAGCCUGGGAAGGAGGAAAGUCCGACACAAGAGGUUCAGCUGGUUACCCAUUCAGACGACGCUCCAUUAUUUUUCGUUUAUUCUGCAUCAACACCAGCAUUUUACACCAAUUUUAUUGCAUCUUUUUCACUUCUAAAAUCUUGUGUUAGAUCAGUUUGUGAGCAAUAAUGAAAUGUUAAUAGACCGUGAAGGGUAACUAGAAGAGGGAGAGACCGAGGCAGUUGAAGGCAUUUCAUUUAAUGUCAAAUCUGAUCACAAACCAAUAAGGAAAUGUAUUUUGAAAAAGGCACUGCCCACAAAGACAGAAGAAUAAAUGUUGUUGUAUAACUGCUGUCCUACGUUUCUGAAACUGGUUUGAGGUAUUUGGAAUUUUUUGUUACAGGUAAAUUUAAGCUUGAAGGUCGGCUACAUGACACAACUCAAGAGCAGAUCCACAGAACUCUUAGUUUGCUGGUUUACAAGCGGUGACAAUGUGCAAUAGUGUUGUUGGUGUAUUUGUUCUUCCUGACAGUUAAAGAUCUUUCCAUAACAUUUGUGAUUUGUCCAUCUGUCCAGGUUUUCCCUUGGCCACAGUUUAGUUCAUAGUGAGGUUUUUGUUUUUUGUUUUUUUUGGUUUUGAGAUGUUACUGAUUUCUUUUCAUGUGCCAUUUCAUGUCCAUGCUGAUGUGUUGACAAAUCAGAAUGUAGAAUAAGAAAGGGAUGUUUUCCAGUGUGAUUGCCAAUAAUGCACAUGUCAGUACCCGGACAAAUAUCUAGUACGAUAAGUCAGUGUGGACAUACUGAUUGUUAGACGUGUGCUUGUGGGUUUCUGGUUUUUGUUCUGUCUUCUAGACGAUCAGACUCGCUUUUUAUUUUCCUGAUGUAUGUGUGUGUCAACAGAAUGUGACAUUUUGAUUCUACUCAGACCGAUGCUGAGUGUUUGGGGGCUGGGUUGUUUUGUUUUUUUAAAUAAGAGCAGGCAUUACAUAUGCUAUAGAAUAAUUAAAAAUCAUAUUUCAGUGAAUGUCAUUGAUAUUAAUUAAUAAAUGCAUUUUUUUACACAG